CGUUCAGCUCUGCUCACUCCACAUCUUCCAGGUCUUUCCUCCUUCCAUGUCUAACUCUGCUGCCUGGUUCGUCUACGCAGAACAGCUGGUAGGUCGUGGCUACGGGCUGCCGCUGUGGCAUCCUGAGCCCAUCCGGUACGGCAAGGAGCCCCGCGAAGUCGAGAUUGGAGAUGUCGGCUACGUCUCGGAGGGACGGUUCAUCCGACUAUUCAAUGCUAUGCGUCCUAAGGGUGACACUCUCAAUGCUUGUGGCAUGCCGAAGGGCUUCGAGGUGCUGAAGGCGAACGAGGAAAAUCUGUUUUCCGACCCGAUGCAUGUCGACCCAGGACCAAUCUGCACCACAACUACGACAUUCCGGAAGCUCGGUGCGGGGAUCUCUGACUCUGCCCAGCUUGCCGGGGCGUCGUACACGUUCAAUUGCCACAGCAGCCGAGGUGCAAUUGCUAUCCUUGGCUCCUUCGGCCAUCAAGAGUGGUACGAAAGUAACUCGGAAUUCUGGGAUUAUACCGCAAAAUAUCACUCCUCUUGGUACGAUUUCGCAAAGGGAAAGGGUCUUCUCAUUCCACCUGAGGCAAUUGUCCUCGUGUCUGGUUGGCUCAAGACCACCGAGUGGGCAGUUGCAGCCGUCUCAAAUUACGGUAAAGCGCACGACUUUUCGUUCACGGCCUCUGCUGGUUCAUAUGCUUCCGCGAAUUUCGAUAUAUCUGGAGGCAAAGAGGUUCAAAUGUCCAUAGAAAAGCGGUCGGGCCCAGCAUUCCGCGACGAAGACCAGCCCGCGACGGCCGACCCUCCCCAGGAUCAUCUCACAGAGCUUGAUCCUCCAGAAGCAACGCCAGACCCUCCCGACGCGACGCUCGAUCCUCCCAAGAACUCUCCAGCGCAGCGACCGGAGCAACCUUGCAAUCAGAGCACGUUCCUCAGGUAUUACAAGUUCAAGACAGGUCCACUAGGACUACGGCGCGAAGUAGAUGUCAUUCCAGAUGCCAAUGACAUGAUAGGGCCUGGCGAUGAACAUCAUCGUCGUCGUCAGCCGCCAGGCUCGGGCGGCGGCGGCUCUUCUCAAGGAUCAUUCUCCCGUUUCCGCAGCUUCUUUGGUGGCCCAAGAUCUGGUACCUCACCUAGUGACUCCAGCGGUCCGCGCUCUGACGAACCUCCGCGUGGCACGUCCGUGGGAUCCGAAAUGGCCCCGCAGACCUCCCAGCGCACCGCUGGCAGAGACCGCAGCGCGGACAACAAGUACUUCAAUGUCGGAGAGGAACCGCCUAGCGCGUCUCGCGUAUUGAUCCCUGAUCCCCUAGACGACUUACUGGACCUAAUGCUGGAGUGUUGUCCCGGUGCAACUGCCGCCGUGGCCUGCCACGAAGAGUUUUACUCUAUUUUUCCGCCUGAAAAGUAUCCCGAGGGUGUUAGAAGAGCAGACUUACAGGAGAAAUUGAGCCAAGGCCUCGAUGUUCAGCUGAACAAAGACGGCGUGGCCUUUAUCAGUAAGGGUGGUAACCCUGACUUAGCUCCCCAAGAAGUCAAUACCUACGAGGACAUCGCCAUUCGAACUCGCGCUACAUCGGAUAUCUCCGCUCAUGCAGUGCCAGAGACGGUCUCGGUCGCUGCAGAUGCGGAGCACACCCCAGAUAACGAUUCUGACCGUAAGUGAUUUCCA